CGUUGCCACGGCGAUGUUUGCCAGCGUGGCUCUCUAGUGUUUAGGUGUGCUAGGCAGAUGUCAGCCACAACGAGGCUUGGAGCGCAGACAGGAAGUUUAUUAAAAAGCCAAUUUCCGGUGUUUAACUUCUGCAAAAGGCUGGAGCUAUUAGAGGUCUAUUAAAUGUAUUAUUCAUGUAACCUGGGCUAAGGAUCGUGGUGUCCAGUAUUCUGUAGUCCCGGGAAUUUAACGCCUUUGAUGCUGCAAUUACCAGAAACUGAUGCCAAGGCUAUCUGCAACAGGGCGUCUGAUAGUUGGGUGAAGGUGCAUCCAGACACCAUCUUAUAGACUGGCUCAGAAUGGACAAGGACAAGGAUCACAUCACUGAGAGAAUAUUAAAAUUCACCUUGGAAAUCAUCUACCUGCUGACUGGAGAGGAUUAUUUGCCAGCAAAAUCAUUCUGUGACCGCGUGACCCCCAGCAGCGGCCCCCGUGUAUCAGGAGGAUGGAGCAAGACCCAGAGCCCCGUGACAGAGCUGCCACCUCACUCACUGAUACAUGAGAGAGACAAUGACCAGAAGAUCCUGGAUCUCACCAACAAGAUCAUUCAGCUGCUGACUGGAGAGGUUCCUAUAAGGUGUGAGGAUAUCACGGUCUGUUUCUCCAUGGAGGAGUGGGAGUAUAUAGAAGGACACAAGGAGCUCUACAAGGACGCCAUGAUGGAAAAUUACCAUCCCAUCACACCUCUUGUGAACAACAUGACCUCGCUCGUUGGUAAAGGAAAGACCGAUCCAACCAUGGCUUCUAAACCGGUUCUUCACUGCAAUACUUGUAUUGAGGAAUGUCCUACAAGCGAAGAUGAAUCCAGUAAAAGUAUUACACAGGGCGGAUGCCUUAGUCCUCUUUGUUCACCAGAUACAGAAGAAGGCAUUAAUGAGUCACGGGAUGGUACAAAGAAAAAUGUCAAAACCUCACAAGGUAAUAAUGAGGAAGAAGACAAAAUGAGACCAGUAGGUAAAGAAAAAGAUGACUAUAUCCCACAAGAUGGCAUAGAGGACGAUUAUAUGCCACAAGAUGGCAUAGAGGACGAUGAUGAUAUCCUACAAGAUAGUGGGGAGGAGGAUGAUGAUACUGUUCCACAAGUGGAAGAUGACUAUACACAACAGGACAGUGAAGAUGACCCUAUACCACUAAAUGGUAAAGAGGACAUUAACACCAUAACAAAAUACUAUAAACGGGAAGAUGACAAUACCCUGAAGAAUUGCAAACAUGAAGAAGAUGAGGUCUUGCCAUAUUAUGCGGAAGAGCUGCUGAAAGAUGUGAAGAUUGAGAUUUUGUCAGAUGAUGAGUGGGAGGAAGAGACCUUUCUGUGGGGUGUACAGCAAUACAAGGGGGAAACUCCUCACCAAGGAAGCAGCACAGGUGGAUCCUGUAACAGAAAUACUGCAGAGAGAAGUCCCCGUACAUUUUAUCCUCACUAUAAAGAAGAAAAAGAUGUGCCGCAGGACCUCCAGAACCGUAUGCUGCCUGGGGUCAAAACGAGUUCUUUAACAAAUAAAAGCAGUCCACAAGCACUACUGAAAGGUCACACUAAUAACGGAUCAGCAGCAACACUAAACAACAACAUUAAUGUGAAAAAAUGUUCAAAGCCCCAAAGAACUUUCCCUCCCUGUCAGGUAGAAAUGAUUACACCGUUUGGAGUGCCCAUGGCUCAAGGACACGUCCAUACAGUACAACAGCAGCAACAACAACAGAAAAACGUAAACACUGUCCGAAAAACCACGUCCGAUAUUCAAACGCUACAGAACUUUAUGAGCGAACUGAACGAGAACCGUAAAGUGGAAGAGAUACCUCACACACAGCUGGAUACCUUGCUUUCCAAAUUUCUUCUGGUGGUGAAAAGAAAAGACGGCAAUGAAUACGAGCCCCACACCCUCCGGUGUAUGAUAGGGAGCAUCGACCGGUACUUAAAAGAACACCGCUACACACACACAAUAAUUUAUGGCAACAGCAAAGACUUUCCACUGACAAAACAGUCCCUAAAUGCAAAAAUCAAAUUCCUCAAAAAAAUUGCAGAAAGCAACCCACCAAUCAGACAGGAGGCACUAACAGACCAUGACAUAGAAAACCUCUUCAAGAGCAGGACACUAUCCCUAGAUAACCCAACAAGCUUACUCAACUUAGUCUUCUUCAACAAUGGCAUCCAUUUUGCAUUACGAACAAAGGAACAAUACAACCUUCAGUGGGGCGACAUCAAGUUAAAAAUUGAUCCAAGAGGGAAUCAAUACCUUGAAUAUUGUGAUCGCCAAACGGAAGCUGUAGAAAAUUGCAAAAAUUUAAGACAAAUGAACCCCAGGAUAUACUCCACUCCACAUAUACCAGAGAGAGACCCAAUAACCGCAUACAUAAAGUACAGAAGCUUCAGGCCCAGUGCUAUGAUGGCACCAGAUUCUCCGUUUUACUUGGCGCCUAAUGUGAACUAUAACCCUGCCUUCUCCGAAUGGUUCCGUUCAACAAAAAUAGGAAUUCAAAAAAUUAGAGCGAUGAUGACAACCAUGAAAAUACGGGCCUCACUGCCAGAGUCAAAAAGGAAAGUGAGCUACAUCACAAAAAAGAGACUAGUGGAAAGGCUGCCCCAACACCAUUUGUCCACCACUUCAAUGGUGCAGACCACGCGGCAGUAUAAUUUACACAGCAGUAAUAACCGUUCCAGUAUCCUAGAGGGAAAGCAGCAUAAAGCACCAGUCAUGAUAAACAACGUACAACCAACCACGUCACGUCCAUCACAAGAUAAGCUACUUCCUUCCGCCAGCAGUUAUCACCCGCGCCCAUCAACCAGCAGAUAUGUAGAAUCAUCUAUUAAUAAUAAAAGGAGCUUUGUAGACACAGGGUUUGUACAGCAGCGCAAUUCAGCCAUGUAUCUAAAUAACUACAGUCACCUGAGUUUAGGGGAACCCGCUAAAAAACGCAAAACAAUUAUGUAUGACUUUAAAUCGGAGUAGACUACGGUACUUUGUAGUGUCCUCUAAAUCCACAAUACACUCUGCCUCCAAAAGGAACUUUUUUUUAAAAGAAAUUGCCCCUGGACUUGUGUUGGGUUUUCUGUUUGUUUUUGUCUUUGCACCUGUGUUUACCCUUCACCUUUAAGCUAUAUUUAUUCAACUUUUUAACCAGUUCUCUAAUUGUUUAUUUAAAUUAAGUUUUCUUAUUUCUACAAAAAAACAGCUUUCUGGAAUUUUUAUUCGUCUUCAUUUAGAUUUAUUACAGUACAGGUUUGCACUUACCGUACCUGCAGAGAUUUUUCAGGUUUAAUUUCUCGGUUCAACUCACCAACAGUGUAUAUACCUAUGACUGAAUCGUCCUGGGCAGUCCUGAGGUACACCGCUUUCUCCCAAGUGCGCCUGUUGGCCUGUGUUUAUACGGGUUCUCAUCCGUCUUCCAGUAUUUUCCCCCGUCUACUGACAUCUGGCGUGACAAUUGUUGGGAUUGUAUGAUGGUAAUUGUACCACAAAGUCAAAAUUCUGUCCAUCAUGAACACGGUUUCUCUUCAAAUACCGCUCAUUGGUGCAUUAUUUAUGUAUGUAAUAAGUCAUAAGAGUUAGGGGUCUAUUCAUGAAGUAG